UGCCAAGGCGGCGCUGCGCAGUGCCAGCUUGGCUUUACCUGUGAUGGGAGCCACGUCCUCUCCCUUCCCUCAGGCGUCCUAUUCAGGUGUUUAUCCUGCAGCACCCACCCGCUGGGACCAGGAUGGGUUACCUGGCGUGUCCUGUGUGUGAGCGGGAAUCGCUGGUCAACGUCAGUGACCUGCAGCUGCGUGUGGCCACCGCCCUCACGCGUCCCCUUGCUUGUCCCAUCUGCAGCGCCUCCGUCAGCGGUCUCCAAGCCUUCCACCACCACCUGGCAGCUCAUCUCCCCGCCCACCACAACUCAUGCUCGGACGCCGGUACGCCCACAGCCUCUCUCAGUGCCCCCAUCUACCCGCCCACCAGUUCCCCAGAGGUCAUCCCCACCCUGGAGCACCUGGAAAUCAACGACGGCAGGACUUCACCACACAGCCCCGCCUCCCUGACCAGGGCGCUGUCAGAGUCCCGGGAGUCUACGGUAGAGCGGAUCCUUGGUGUGGCCACAAGCAGCAGCGAAAAGAUGCAGCCAGAGACCUCCCCGACACACAUCUCUGAUCACACACCACCUCAGCCUCACAACUGUGAUCUCUGCGGGCUGGUGUUCUCCUCUGAGCAUUUCUUAAAGAUUCACAAAGACAUCAUUCACGCCAAGAGUAACUUCUUCGAUGUUACAUGUAAACUGUGUAAAAAAAAGUUCAAAGACUUUGAAACUUACCGUAACCACGUCCGUGAAGAUCACAGUGACCGGCGGUACAUGUGUGAUCAGUGUCCCAAGACGUUCAAGAUGAAGGGGAGUCUGCUGGUACACACCCGCAUGUUCCACGACCCCUCCUCCCCCGCCACCUGCCACGUCUGCAAGAAGACCUUCACCACUAAGGCCAGGAAGGAGCUGCACGAGAAGAGGUACCACAGUGCCGGCACUGACCGUCUGCCUCCUGGUAAAACGUCCCCACCCUCUCCCUCCACUAAGCAGCAGAGGAUCAAGAAUUCCAGUUUGGGGGACGCCAAGAACUGGCUGGAGACGCUCAUGAGCGAGAACAAGACAGUAGAAGACUGUGGAGGUCCACGCGAGGCUUUCAGCCAACAGCACCAGCCACUACCCUCACCUCUACAGUACUCACCAACACAAACAGUUAAGCAGCAGCCCGACCACUGUGUUACCGCUGAACACCAGUUUAUUAAUCUUCAACAGAGUCAACAUCAAAACACGGAACAGUUACAGAUAAAGGAGCAUCUACAACAGCAGACAAGACACAUGCAACAUACACAGUUGGACGCUCAACAACUGAGCAAGUUACCGACAAAAGAAUCGCAGGACCAAAACAGCUGGGGACAAGAUCCUCAGCCGUACAUAAAUCCUCAGAUAAAAUCACCGACACAACCGCAGAAGUCGCCCUCAGAUGUUUACUUCCCAUCAUACAAGAACAACACUGUGUUCCCGUGUCAGAUGCUGCAGCAGAACUUCGGCGUCGGUCGUCCUCGUCUGGAGUACAGCGACUUUAAAGAGGAGAAAAAGGUAAUGGUCCCACCACACGUGUCAGCCACGGAAGCGGCGGCGAGUCGCAUGGUGAGUGGCGGACACUCACAGAGCAGCCCUGUAGCCGUGGUCUCUCCACAGCCCCACAAGGCCGAGACUCCACCUGCCAGCGUCCACGCCCAGGACGCCGGCCACGCCCACACAGAGGCUAGAAGAAACAGCUUCCCCCUCGUGAACUUCAAUAAGCUGGGGUUCCCUCAGGGAGACUCGGGGCGCCUUCACCCUACUAACUACAUCAGCGAGCUCACUCUAGCGGGGCCUGAAGGCGUCCCUCUGCCCAGUGGGCAGACCCUGGGCCUCCCCGGGCUCGAAGAGAAGAUACACAACACGCUGGCCGUGUCGCAACACCUGGUGUAUCAACACUGCCAAAACACUAUGGUGCCGAGUAUCAGCCCCAACAUGGCACUGCUCGGCACCGAUAGUAAGACAGGGCUUCGGGUGCCACCCCUCAUCAUUCCCACCAACCUCUACCCGACAGAGAAGUUGAAGGAGUCCCCUGACAGUCCUGUACAAAUGAUGGAAGUGCAGAAGGAGGCAGUUGCAUGUGAGAUACGUCCGAUGAUGGAGGGAGGAGAAGCGCUGGAGGGCUUGCAGGAUCCCCGACGGGAGCAACAGGGACGACCGCAGCGUCCUCCAGGCCCUUCCCCCACCACCAACGCCCUCCCCAAGAAGGAAAGCGGGGGCAAGGCAGACAACAAGCAGUGGGAGUGUGAGGUAUGCAAGAAGUCCUUUACUACCAAGUACUUCCUGAAAAAGCACAAGCGUCUUCACACAGGAGAGACACCUUACGCCUGCGCCGAGUGUGGGAAGACAUUCACCUUCCAACAAAGUUACCACAAACACAUCCUCUACCACUCCGACGACAAGCCCCACCAGUGCUCUUACUGUGGUCGAGCCUUCAAGGAGAUGUCCACACUACACAACCACGUCAGGAUACACACGGGAGAGAAGCCCUUCGUCUGUGAGAGCUGCGGUAAAGCGUUCCGGCAGCGAGUGUCUUACCUCGUCCACCAGAGGAUCCACACCGGCGUGAUGCCCUACACUUGUGACGUCUGCGGCAGGUCCUUCAGGUACAAGGUGAGUCUGCGUUCCCAUAAGUGUGAGCCAAACAUAGCGACCACGUCAGGGGGGAGCUCCACCCCCACGCGCAAAGACGGGGACAACCGCGUCGACGCCUGCAAGAACCUCAACACGGGUACUAGUGGUACUCCUCCGCCCACGCCUGCCGCGGCUUCCACGCCCCCACAUUUCGCCCACACGCCCACGACUACACCACAAACUACGGUUGGGGUUGUGUCCCCAAAUUGUGGCGGAGUAGUGAGCAGGGACGGUGAGUCCCCCCUACUGGUGGGGGGCGGGGCGGGGGAGGCGGAUCCCCCAGGCGUGCCCACACCCCCUCAUCACCAACAACAACAACAAAUCAACAACAGCAGGAUGAAAAUGCCCCUAGAGACGAUCGACCUGGCAGCCAUCUCGUGUGAGAGUGUUGGGUCCCAACAUGAUGGCGGCAAGCGAUCACCCCACAAGAGCAGGUCCUCCUCCCACGCCCCUAAGAUCUCAUCUAGCAAUAGUGGGGGAUCUCAGGACCCCCUCUCUAUGGCCUUCCUGCACGCCCUUGUAGAUCCCCAGCAGGUCCGUCUACAGGGGGAGUGUCGGCCCCACGCGCCUCUCCCCCAGGACACUCUGCCCUUCCCCAGCCUCUCCCCGGGGGCCAUGGACGCUGACAUGGAUCACGACAGUUUUCUUACUAACCUCCUGAUGUGAUGAAUGUGUCUUUUAGUUCCGUAUAGCCAUUAACAAGGUACAAAUUAAUCUAUUUUCGUUAUUUUUUAUUUUCUAGUAUUUAAGCAACGAUAUCAAUAUAUAAUAAACAAUAAUAUACAGUUAGAGAAAACUAAUGAAGUCAACCCCGCAUGAUUCGUCCUUCGUGCCAAGUUUCUUUUUUCCCAUAUGUAUUUGGUAAGGGAGAACUAUACCAUACAAAUUUCCCAGACGUUUAUACGUACAAAGACUAAAAUAAUAACAACACAACGAAGGAGAACAUACAGUACAAAAACAUUAACCUUAGCCAAAAUAUUAAACAGACUCAAAUGAGGAUGGGACCACUGUAUGUAUUAACUGAAAAGUCACAAGGCAAGUCACUGAAACCCGAAUAAAGGUAAACUUAAACAACAACAAUUAUGAGAAACAAGACGACCUGUGUUGGAGGAAUACUGAGAAAGAAUAAGACAACAUAUACUGGAGAAAUACUGAGAGAAAAUAAGACGACCUGUGUUGGAAGAAUACCGAGAGAAUAAGACGACCUAUGUUGGAAGAAUUACUAAGAGAAGGACUCGCUACCUUCACCUCUUACCACUUGUUAACUUAACCAAUAUUAGAUCAUUAUGCCUUGACCAAUUUACAUCACAAGUCAACAAAGUCCCUGCAUAAUGUGACACUUAAACCUACUCACCACUAUACUGCUCUGAGACGAAGUAAGGAGGUUAAACAAAUUGCAACAACCAAAACAAUAACAACAACAAUAAUCAGCCGAAUACACGUGACUAACAUAAUUUUUAUGUGAUUUUUGUAUAUAGAGUUUUAUAAAUAUAUGUUUAACACGA